AUGCGUACCACCACAAUCGUCUACACUAUCCUCCUCCUCGCGGCUCCAGCCUUCACCCUCCCUUUACAUUUAGAUGCCAUCAGAUCGUUGGUCAGCCGCCAACUGAGCGAGGUGAGCGAACUGAGCGAAUUAGUAAGCAUCGACGAUGGCCCUCCAAAAAUGGGGGCGGAUGCGGAUGAGAGGAUCUGCAUCAACGGCAAAUGUUGA